AUGGAUAAAGAUUGCUGUUCGGGACGGACUAGGGAUAUUGGCAUAAUAAACGUCGUUGUAUGUAGGUGGCCCACAGUAGCCAUGGGUAUGAUCUAUAUUUUCAGAGAAAGUUCUCAGAUUCUAAGUAGAACAAAAAUUUCUUACCUUCAGCAGCCAUCAGAGUACUCUAGAGAAAAUUUUAAUUUGUCGCAGACUGCUACCAUACAUUUGGGUUUUCGAGCAUACAAGGAACUUCUGCAGUGGAACCGGAUGGAUAAUGGCUCAAAAAAAAUCUUCAUUAGGACUGCAUUGUUGGCCCCAUAUAACAUAAUUGCUACUUUGUGGGUAAACAGCAUUCAACACGGGCUCGGCGGCGCAAUGGACCUUGUUGGUAGGUUACUGGCAAUGGAGAUCCCGGCCGCAGUCUCCAUUGAUCGGUCCAAAUCACAUGGUUUUCAUUGCGUUUAUAGAGGAUGCAAGAUCUUGAUAGACAGAGGUGCCAUCUACAUCAUCAGUAGCUGCUGGCACUACCUUAGAACCGCCGACGGGACCUCCAACACAGCCCCCAACGGGACCUCCAACACAGCCCCCGACGGGACCUCCAACACAGACCCCGACGGGACCUCCAACACAGCCUCCGACGGGUCCUCCAACACAGCCCCCGACGGGACCUCCAACACAGCCCUCAAUGGGUCCUCCAACACAGCCCCCGACGGGACCUCCAACACAGCCCCCGACGGGACCUCCAACACAGCCCCCGACGGGACCUCCAACACAGCCUCCGACGGGACCUCCAACACAGCCCCCGACGGGACCUCCAACACAGCCCCCGACGGGACCUCCAACACAGCCUCCGACGGGACCUCCAACACAGCCUCCGACGGGACCUCCAACACAGCCCCCGACGGGACCUCCAACACAGCCUCCGACGGGACCUCCAACACAGCCUCCUACGGGACCUCCAACACAGCCCCCGACGGGACCUCCAACACAGCCCCCGACGAGACCUCCAACACAGCCUCCGACGGGACCUCCAACACAGCCCCCGACGGGACCUCUAACACAGCCCCCGACGGGACCUCCAACACAGCCCCCGACGGGACCCCAACACAGCCCCCGACGGGACCUCCAACACAGCCUCCGACGGGACCUCCAACACAGCCCCCGACGGGACCUCCAACACAGCCCCCGACGGGACCCCAAACACAGCCCCCGACGGGACCUCCAACACAGCCCUCAAUGGGACCUCCAUCACCAGCACCAACGGGACCAACAGAACCACAGACGGGAUCUUCAACUGAUAGUCCCGGAACUGGAACAGAUUAUGGGGAUGGACCCGGAACUGGAACAGACUAUGGGGAUGGUCCCGGAACUGGAACAGACUAUGGGGAUGGACCCGGAACUGGAACAGACUAUGGGGAUGGUCCCGGAACUGGAACAGACUAUGGGGAUGGUCCCGGAACUGGAACAGACUAUGGGGAUGGUCCUGGAACUGGAACAGACUAUGGGGAUGGUCCCGGAACUGGCGACGGGGAUGGACCUGGAACCGGAACUGAUUAUGGGGAUGGACCCGGAACAGGCGACGGGGAUGGACCUGGAACAAGUGACGGGGGUGGACCCGGAACAAGUGACGGGGGUGGACCUGGAACAAGUGACGGGGAUGGACCCGGAACAAGUGACGGGGAUGGACCCGGAACAAGUGACGGGGAUGGACCUGGUACAGGACCAGGAGAAGGGCCAGAUGAAGCAACUGUACCGGGACCAGAUGAUGGUGGACAUGAAACGGAUAUAGACUCCAUAGAUCAAAUAUUCUUCAUGUCCGUCGUCUUCACGCUCUUUGAUGACGAAGUGGAGACCAUCGUGAUCAACCAGGCAUUGAUGGCUAAAAUGAUAGCGGAGAAAAAGACUGUUUACUUUAUUACCAUUAAUGUGAUAACGACCUUCGAGGUGAGCACGACGCUGGCCCGGCUAAAGAAAACUGAAGAUGGAGACGACCAGCGUGAAAGUCUACAGGCGACGCAGACCAAGGACAAGUUCGUGUCCAUGAUGGAUUGGCGUCAAAACGUCACCCACAUACCAGCCAACGAAGUCUACUGCAUGAACACUUUACUGGUAGACUUGCUGGAGAUUUCCUUCAUCAACACAGACACGGGAAAGAUUUUCGAUGGGUGUAACGUCAAGAACCAGAGCGUUGCUAGUAAUCCUUUCUUCGAGAUCAGAGAUCGAUACAAUGUAUCACACAGGUUCUGCUAUCUGAAAGGAAAUGUAACAAUCGAAAGUUUUGGUGAUCAACUCCUCGCUUACUUUGUCACUGGUGGCUUGACAAACAUCCUUCCAAACGUGACACUGGUCGUGAGAUCCCCGCCAGGAUGCUGCGGCGGCGUCUUCUACAUCCUGCGAGGAACCACAGCGCCUCCGAAGGACCGCGUGAUAACCUCCCCGAAUUACCCGCAGCCUUACUUGAACAACAUCAGGUGUCCGUACGUGUUCAGGUGCGUGUCAGAGAAACCAGGCGACGGCCCCUGCCCCGUCAAGUUAGACUUCCUGGACUUCGACCUCGAGCAGCCAAACAUGCUGGCCUUCACGAAUUUCCGGGACGGGGAGAACGCGAUCAUCGGCGCUGGUUCCGGCGUCGGCAAAGGAGCCAAGAAGUGCGGCAACAGCGACAGCGUGAUUGUCUCAAAAUGCGGUAGAGUCUACGGAUCCGAGACCCAGACAUAUUGUCUCAGACGAGAACCGAAAAGAAGCAUUAUUGGGAAUAAUGAGAUAGUUUUAUACUUCAAAACCAACGAAGCCAUCGUCGACCAAGGCUUCUCGGUAAUAGCCAGCGCCUCGGAUAACAAAUAUGGUAUUUAUGCUCCAGAAGAAUUGGAAAACUCCUGCCGGUGUGGUCUUGGGAUUCCUAGUUUAAUCAGGAAAGAUAUAAGGAAAACUAUUGCUAAGAAGAAGGACAAGAAAAAGAAACAGAAGAGCGAGAAGGAUUCCCAAACUAAUACCUUCAGGCGAAAGAGGGAAGUGAGGAAGAACGGUAGAGAGGCAAAGGAUGAGGAAAAGGUGAAAGAGAAGAAAGAGCGAGGGAAUCCGAAUGGUGCAAAGAGAAGAAGGAAGAUGAAAAAGGAAGAGGAGGAUAAAGAUCGCACGAGAGGAGAGAGGAAAGGGGACGAGCAGAGGAAAAGAGAGAGAAAAGGUGAUAUUCAGCAACCAAAUAUAAAUAAAAACAAACAGGGCGGUGGUCAGAGAAAUACGAAAAAGGUGAAACAGAACAAACAGAAUAAAGAUACCGAAGAGAAUAAGAAGAGAAGGAAACCACAAAAGGAAGAGAGAAACAGAGAGAGAAACAACAUGAAAAAGAGGAGAAUGAAUGCACGAAAGGGGGGAAUGGCAAACCAGGCAGAGCAACGCCAAAUGCAAGAGGUCGCUGCGAAACAAGGAAAACAAGACAAAUUCUUGAAGAAAACGAAGAACAGGAAGCAAUAUCCCCAUGAGGUCCUCAUCGGCUUUGUCAGACUGAGGAAGAAGAAGAGAAGACCCAAACUGGAGAAGAGAAGCGCAGAAGAGCCCGAGAACGCGGAGGGCAAUGGCAGCGAGCGGAACAGGGUCAAGAGGGGGACGAUUUCCAAAAAGUUUAUCCAACCAAAUAAGAUGUGUGUCGGUGUUCUGGUCAGCGAGCAGUUUGUUCUUACGACCACGUCCUGCUGCCGGUACUGCGUCCCGAUCUGGCUCCGAAAAUUCCGCAAGAGACAGCAGACAACGCAGUCCCACUUAUAUACCAGAAGAAAGAGGGACACGUCAGGCGGAGGCGAUAAAGGAGGAGUAAAGGAGAACGAAGAGGAGAGUGGGAAGAAAACUAGGCGAAAUGGAAACGCGCAGAAGAGAAAUAACAGAGGAGGGGAAGAGGAGAAGAAAACUAGGCGAAAUGGAGACGCGCAGAAGAGAAAUAACAGAGGAGGGGAAGAGGGGAAGAAAACUAGGCGAAAUGGAGACGCGCAGAACAGAAAUAACAGAAAAGAGGUAGAAGGGAAGAGACGCAAGCAACAAAAUGGCGUUCAGAAGAGACAGAUGGAAACCGAUAACAAUGGUAAUGAGAAGAAGAAGGAGGAGAAGAAAAAUAAGAAGCAGGAGAGGAAGAAGGAAAGGAGGGAUAGGAAGAGAGAGAAGAAACAGCAAAAGAAGAGGAAUAAGAAGGAAGAGAAAAAGAAAAAGAAAAAGGAAGAAAGGCAAGAGAAGAAACAGAACGAGAAACAGAAAGGAAAGAAAAAGAAAAAGAUAUCCGCAAAGGACUUCAACAAACCUCGUCCCGUUGACAUCGUGAUGGUGAUCGGCAAGUCAAAGAUCGAUGUCAGCAAGCUGACGCGCAAAGAUGUUCAGAGUCCCAAGAAAAUCUUCAUCGAUGAGAACUGUUACGCAAAAAUGAAUAUAAAGGAAAUAGAUGGCGUUCAGACAUACAAGAUGGAAUGCCCCGUGUUACUGCAGCUGAGGAAGCCAGUCCAGGUGUCGAAAGAAGUAGCACCCAUGUGUCUGCCUGUGUUUGAAACCAAUAAGCUUCGAGGCAACAAGGCUUACUCACUAACAAGAGGGUAUCACAGCAUGGCGAAGAAAGACAGACAGUUCUCAAAUUACCCCUUCGCCUUUAUCGGAGGGAAAGUGAAAAGUGCGAAGAAGUGCCAGAAGGUGUUGAAGAAGCACUUAGACGAAUCCCUUGUGUGCUCCAUCGGGAGAAAGAAACAAGGCAGCAUGUGCACGGGCUCUGAAGGUGCCCCGCUGAUGCAAUACCGAUUUUCGGGAGGUGGCUUCAAGAAACAUAACACACUUGUGGCGAUCCUGCAAACACCAGGCUGCGUAGAUGCAAAGAACAAGAACAAGAACAAGAACAAGAACAAGGAAAAGAAGAACGAUACAGAACAGGCGCCACGAAAUGGUAAAAGAGGACAGCAAGAUCAAAAUAAUGGAAGAGGAAGGAAGAGGAAGGAAGGGGGAGCAGAACAAACGCCACGAAAUGGUAAAAGAGGACAGCAAGAUCGAAAUAAUGGAAGAGGAAGGAAGAGGGAGGAAGGGGGAGCAGAACAAACGCCACGGAAUGGUAACAGAGGACAGAAAGAUCAAAAUAAUGGAAGAGGAACGAAGAGGGAGGAAGGGGGAGCAGAACAAACGCCACGAGGUAAUGGCGGAAAUGGUCAGAGACAACAGACAGAGACUCAGAAGAAAUUAGGAGACAGGAAGCAGAUGCCUGACCCUUCAAGCCGCCGUCGAGACCAAAAUAAGAGUUUAAAAAUGGCAAAAGAAAGAACUAAAAGACAGGCAGACGAAAAGGAAGAACAGAGAAGGAAGGGCAAUGUGAGGGAGACGGAUGAGAAAUCAAAGAAGAACGAAAACGAGAAAGAGAAUAGGAAGAAGAUGAAGAAGAAUGCCUCUACGCAGAGCGAUACACAAAAGAACACAAACGAAAGUAAAAAUAUGAACAGGAAGAGGAAUGAGAAACCAAAGAACACGAAUGAAGAGAAUAGGAAAAGGAAGAAUGAGAAACCAAAGAACACGAAUGAAGACGAGAAUAAGAGAAGGAAGAAGAAUAGCAGUAUGCAAAAAGAUAGAGAAAAUAAGAACCCAAAGGGAAGUAAGAAUACAGUCAAUAAUAAGGAACGAAAGGACAAUAACAGAGACGAGAGAGAGGAUAGGAAGAUGGCGAAAAAUUCCAGUAUACAGGCACAAAAAACAAGUAAGAAUGCAAGUGAGAGAACAAAUGGAAAUGUGGGUAGGAAGCUCACAAAAAAGAAGAAAGAGCCAAAACAACAGAAUGAUAAGGAAAAGAAGAAGAAAAAGAAAAAGAAGAAGAAAAAUAAAAACAUCGUCGACAAGUUCAGCAAGAACCAGCCAACCGUCUACACCAACAACAAACGCAACCGUAAUAAUGUCGAUGUUUGGAUAAGGGUCUCCUCUUUCAUUACAUGGAUGGUAACAGUCGUGACGGCAAACAGCCCUAACCCCGUAUGUUAUCGCGCCCCGCAAUUAACAUCAGCCCCGAACAUAACCUCAGUUCUUCCCUCGUGCAGGUAGUCGGGAAUCUGGGAAUCUAGGACUAGGAAUCACUGAAACCAGACACCCAUUCUUUAGUGAACUACUUAAGCAAGUUAGGGAACGCCCAGCAGAAUUCCACCUCCCAUGGUUAUCGUAGAGGUGGUGUUUUGCUGUUAAGAAGAAAUGAUGAUGCUACAGAUAGGCUUCAUGUCUGGUUACGCUUUCAUUUGAACAGAAAUACAUAAAUGAAAAUAAGAUUACUCAUCCUUAUAAUUUUUUACCACUACCACUGUACUUUCCAAAAAUUAAAGUAUUUCUGGCAUUUUAUUUGCAUAAGGAAACCUGUUUAAUUUUCUCAUAUUUCGUUAGAGAGGAUCAGUCACACCUAUACACUGCAUGAUGUCACUGUAAAAGAAAAAAAAAAACUUCUCAAAGUUUUUCCCUAAAAAUGGUAGAUGCCUGAUUUUAUGUCAAGUUUAAAUGGUAAGUUCCAAGCAUUUGGAAAUUAUGCAUUCAAAGUCUAGUUAUGAUUGGUUUCUUGAGUUUAAUGGCCAUAUUCAAAGGUAUUUGGGGGAUAUAUAUAUAUAUGCACAUGCAUGAUACCGCAUUGUUUGGCUGCGGUUUAUCAUUGCUGUGGCAUUAAUAUAAUCUGAUAAAUCAUAAUAAAGUAUUGAUGAAAA